AUGGACCCCUUGGUGGCCCAGAUGUUCGCCGAUCUUGGCAACGAGCGUCGCGAUGUCGUCUCUGCCCCUGAAGAAGACGAUCGCGACCGAGGCCGAGGCAAGGCUCCUCGUCACGUCCGUGACGAAGAGGAAAAGAAAUUCGCCGCGGCUGAGGCACACCGAAAUCGAGCGCUUGAGGGCGCCAAGAGCGGCAAUGCUAAGGGGGAGAUGAUUGCCAAGUGGAACACCCCUUCGAUAUUCGGAACGGACGAGAUCGCGGAGAAGAUGGAAAAUCGGUACAGUGGACAGGGGCAUCGACAGGCUCUUGAACAGCAGGAGCAGCAGAAGCGAGAUCGCUCGCCAGGUGCUGUUCGACCGCCUCGCUCUCAGAUCAACUAUACUCACCGACCUGCACCACGAACAGAUCCGAGCCGUCAGCGCGCACCAUCUCCACGCGCUGCCGGCGCUUUCCGCUUCAUCAAAGGUGCUCGUGUUGCAAUUACAGGACGUCCUGGGACCUCUGCCGCGAAGUCGGUUGUGGCUCCUCCAACCCCGGAGUUCAGGGACCUGCUAUCGUCAGCCCUGAAUGUCAAUGGUGCUAGCAAGACGUCCUCUUCCUCCACUGCCGCAAGCCGCCCUGCAAUGCCUGCCAUGCCGACUACGUUUCUCGCAGCAUCCUCAGCAGCUUCGACGGCUAACGCGAUCCAGGGUACGCAUCGAUUAUCCAACGCUUCUAGACCCACAGCUGUGGGUGCUUCAACAUCAGCUGGUCGGCGUUCUCAUGACAGUUCUGCUGCAACGCCUGCCGUUGCGUCUCCUCAGCUCGGAAAGGCCUCGGUUUCAGUAUCGAGCGCGAACACUGCUCCGCGCACAAGCUCUACAUCUUCGGGCUCGACUUCUGCACCGGCGAUACCAGGCUUCAACGCCUUGCCGGGAGCUUUCCCUGCCUCAUGGAAUUCGCCAUCCACUUCUGGCGCCACUCCGCGAACCGUUCCAUCCACUGGCAAGAGUCUCUUGGAUCUUACGCGCUCCAUCAUGUCGAAGAAGUCUCAGUCCACGCAGUCCACAGCGAUAGCACCUGCAACUUCCAGUCCACCGCAAAUGGCAUCAAGCACCGCGCAGCCCCAGCCUGCGGCCGCUCCUCGUUCAAGUGUUUCGCCUCAGACGGCAGGUGCAUCUACUUCCUCUUUGUUGACCCCGUCUACAACUCCAGCGCCCGCGACAACGACGGCGAGACCUUCCGCAGUACCGCCACAUGGCACGAUUGCGAGACAGCGCGUGACACCUGCAACAUCUACUGCCUCGCUGUCAGGACCUCGGACUCGUGCCGUUCCCUCUGCUGCACGAGCGAGAGCACCCUCGCUGGCUCCUAGUUCUUCCCUGGAACCCGUCUCAGCAUCGGUGUCCGCUCCAGCGCCUGCACCAGCACGUCUGAUCGCUCCGAAUCCCCCGGGAGCGGGUGUGUCUCGUCCACCGCGCGAGCAAGAGAUCGAAGAUCGGGUCGUCAGCUCGCUGGCGUAUGAUGCCGCGGCUGAUUUGACUCAGACUCAGGCUUUCCUGCACAAGUACCCUCAUGGUGCCGAGUUCAUCAAUGAAGCUCACCGGAAGAUCGCCGAGGAGGUUGUGGACCACUCCACUGACCCCGACAGCGCAGACGCGCGGCGUUACAUCCGACUCUGGGGCAACCGCCGCGAUCUCAUCGGUAUCGCCGCUGCAGCUCGUGCUGGUAGAUAUUCGGGACAGAGCGACGACCCGCUGCUUCAGAAGGUCUUGGCGGCUGCUCAGAAGGCUAGGGAGAAGGACGAUGCAGAGCGAGAGGCAGCAGCUGCCAGCGCAGCUUCUUCUAGCACCGUUGACAGCAGCUCUCGCCGAGACAGCGCCUCUUCGUCUGGCACUCGGCACAGCGAGCCAUCGCCUGGUACCACGGAGCCAUCGAUCACCGAACGCCUGCGCGGAAUGAUCACGGCCAUCUUCUACAACACCGACGGCGUGUAUCUAUGCGAGCAUCAACAUCCAGUACCUGAUCCAGUGCGAAUGCGAGUCAACAUCAACUCCACCGAGAGCAUUUGCAAUCCGCUCGAUUACGCUGCCCAGCUUGAGGCCAUCGCUCACGAGAUGCUCCAUCGCUCCAAUGGCGGGCGGAAGUGA